GGGUGGACCGUCGCUGUCCCCGCGACCGCCCGUGUCCCGCUUGUCCCGAGCGGCCCAGGUGUCCCAGUUCCCGACGCGCUCACCCGUACGGGCCGCGGCGCUGCCCCGGAGAGCCCAGGAGCGGGCGGGACAUGGACUCAGUGUUCUUUGAGGAAGUGGCUGUGAACUUUACCCCAGAGGAGUGGGCUUUGCUGGAUCAUGCUCAGAGGAACCUCUACCGAGAUGUGAUGCAGGAGACCUUCAGGAACCUGACCUCCCUGGAUUGUUGCAUUUAUGUUAGAACCAAUGGAUCAAGUCCUCGGCGGGAUAUUUUGGGGAGUGAAGCAUCCAAUGGUGGGAAAAUUGUAAAAUUCACAAGAAAUGAUUCCUGGUCUAUUUUUGGAGAAAACUGGAGACUUCAUAACAUUGAAGAUCAGCACCAAAUCCCAGAGAGGCAUUUGAGAAGCCAGUUGGUGGAGAGCCUCUGUGAAAGUAGUGAAAGUCAUAAAUGUGGAGAAACAGUGAGCCAGAUUGAGAACUUUAUUAUGCACAAGAGUUAUCCUAUGGAAAUUAAGCCCAGUGAAUGUACUAAAUGUGGCACAGCCUUCAAGAAUCAACAAAAGUCUCACACUGGACAGAGACCGUAUCACUGUGAGGCAUGUGGGCAAGUCUGCAGUUGUCUUUUGUGCCAAAGCCCUCAUGUGGAAGCUCACGUUGUGGAGAGACCCUAUACAUAUCAGGACUCUGGGAGAGCAUCUAAGAUGUACGUGAAAAAUGUCAGCAGUAAAAAAUCUUAUGAAUGUAAGAAAUGUGGAAAGGCUUUCAUUUGUCCCUCUUCUUUUAGGGGACAUGUGCGAGGUCACUGUGGACAGAAAACACAUGCAUGUAAAGUGUGUGGGAAAACGUUCAUGUAUCACUCGUACCUUGCACGACACAUAAGAACACAUACUGGAGAGAAACCCUAUGAAUGUAAGGAAUGUGGGAAGGCCUUCAGUUGUCCCUCGUACUUUCAAGAACACGUUAGAACACACACUGGAGAGAAACCGUAUGAAUGUAAGCAUUGCAGAAAAACAUUCAAUUGUUACUCAUCUUUUAGAGAUCAUGUGAGAACGCACACUGGAGAGAAACCCUAUCAAUGUAAACAUUGUGGAAAAGCCUUCACUUGUUACUCAUCUCUUCGAGAACAUGGGAGAACACACAGUGGAGAGAAACCCUACGAAUGUAAGCAAUGUGGCAAAACCUUCAGGUAUCCCUCAUCCCUGCGAGCACAUGGGAGAAUGCACACUGGAGAGAAACCUUACAUGUGUAAGCAGUGUGGGAAAGCCUUUGGUUGUCCCACUUACCUUAGAAGACAUGUGAAAACACAUAGUGGAGUGAAACCCUAUGAAUGUAAGGAGUGUGGGAAGGCCUACAGGUUUUCCUCAUCCCUUCGAAUACAUGUGAGAACGCAUACUGGAGAGAAACCCUUUGAAUGUAAGCAUUGUGGGAAAGCCUUCAGUUGUCACUCCUCCCUUCAAGAACACGUGAGAACGCAUAGUGGAGAGAAACCUUAUGAAUGUAAGCAAUGUGGGAAAGCCUUUAGCCAUUCUCAGUAUUUUAAAAAACAUGUGAAAUCACACAGUGGAGUAAAACCCUAUGAAUGUACAGAAUGUGGGAAAGCCUACAGUUGUUCUUCAUCCCUUCGAGUGCAUGUGAGGACGCACACUGGUGAGAGACCGUAUGAAUGCAAGCACUGUGGGAAAGCCUUCAGGUAUCUUUCAUCCCUUCAAGCACAUGUGAGAACACAUGCUGGAGAGUAACUCUAAGAAUACAAUGAAUGCGUGAAAGUGUUCAACCUUAAAAACUUGUAAAUGCAAAAACAAAAUAAACCCACACUGGUAAGAAACCUUAUAUAUGUAGAGGAUGUGAGAAAACUUUCUGGGAUAGUACUUAUUUUGUACAAGAAAACUCAAGAGUAGGAGACAAAUCUCUUUAUUAUUAUUGUGAUAUCACCUUCUAAAUGUCUCAGCCUUAAUGGUGACUCCUAGUGUAUUAAUUUCUAGUUCACAUUUGGGAUAUAAACAAUAAAUAUCCUGUUUUGUACCCUUUCAGCUAUAUUAAUAUUUUGUUAUAUAGAACUUUAAUCGUAUGGCUAUUUAAAACCUUUCUUAUUUACAUUACAAUGUCU